AUCCUCAGUUGCGUCUCAAGGGUCGCUGCGACGCAUCUGUUGGUGACAUUCCCACUGCAGCCUUCAUUUGACUGUAUUUUUGUACUCAUAUUACUGCGGGGCAGAAGGGAGGUGUCCUUCUGUGUUCUCUGGCCAACCAUCAUGGACGUGAUGGCCAACAAUGAGCGGCGGCGAAGACGCUUUCAUUUCAAGGGCUUACUGAAGAAGAACUGGCUCCUCAUUGCCACCAUCGUGUCCGUGAUGCUAGGGAUCAGUCUUGGCGUGGCGGUCAGAAAGUACGCCUCCCUGUCGCAUCUCCACAAACAUUAUUUUGGCUUCCCAGGGGAGAUUUUGAUGCGGAUGCUGAAGCUCGUCAUCCUCCCGUUGAUCAUCUCUAGCAUGAUAACAGGUGUAGCAGCCUUGGACUCUGAGGUAUCGGGCAAAAUAGGACUACGUGCUGUUGUUUAUUACUUCUCAACAACCAUCAUUGCCGUCAUUCUUGGUAUUAUUCUGGUGAUGACUAUCAAACCAGGAGUGUCUCAGACAGCCCAGCACAUAGACCGAGCUGGAACCACGCCCAACGUCACGACCGUCGACACGCUUCUGGACCUCCUGAGAAACAUGUUCCCUGAAAAUUUGGUGCAGGCUUGUUUUCAACAGUACAAGACCAAGCGCAAAGAGUUGGAGCCAUCCAAAAUUCCGUACACGCACACGCCGACUCCUCCCCUGGUGACAACUUUCAUGGAUGCCAUGGAGAACAUCACCAAGGAGUACAAAAUCAUCGGCACAUACUCGGAUGGAAUCAACGUCUUGGGCCUCAUCGUGUUUUGCGUCGCUUUUGGCCUCGUCAUUGGGAAGAUGGGCGAAAAAGGACGUAUCCUUCUGGAGUUCUUCGACGCUCUCAACGACGCAACGAUGAAACUGGUGCACAUCAUUAUGUGCUAUAUGCCCAUUGGGAUCCUGUUCCUAAUUGCCGCCAAGAUCAUUGAGGUGGAAGACUGGGAGAUCUUCCGCAAGAUGGGACUUUAUAUGGUGACGGUGCUGAGCGGCCUCGCCAUCCACGCUAUGAUCUGCCUGCCGCUCAUCUUCUUUGUCAUUGUGAGGAAGAACCCGUACACGUUCACCUUGGGCAUGGCUCAGGCUCUGGUCACCGCGCUGAUGAUCUCCUCCAGCUCCGCCACCUUGCCUGUUACGUUCCGCUGUGCCGAAGAGAACAACCGAGUUGACAAGCGCAUCACGCGCUUUGUGCUGCCGGUGGGCGCCACCAUCAACAUGGAUGGCACCGCGCUCUAUGAGGCCGUCGCCGCAAUCUUUAUCGCACAGCUCAAUGACUACGCGCUGGACGUGGGGCAGAUUGUUACCAUCAGCAUCACAGCCACAGUUGCUAGCAUCGGCGCUGCCGGGGUUCCAAAUGCUGGGCUGGUUACCAUGGUGAUCGUCUUGACUGCGGUGGGAUUACCCGCCAGUGAUGUCACGCUCAUCGUCGCUGUCGAUUGGCUGCUGGACCGUUUCCGCACCAUGAUCAACGUUCUUGGCGACGCGUAUGGCGCCGGCAUCGUCCAGAAGCUGUCCAAGAGGGAACUCGAGAAGAUGGACCUGACAUCGGAUGUCACCAACCCCUUUGCCUUGGAGGCCACGCUGGACGAGGACGAGGACGAGUGCGAGAAGAAGUCUUACGUCAACGGGGGCUUCACGGUGGACAAGACCGAUGCCAUAUCGUUCACCGAGACGUCGCAGUUUUAAAAACAACCAGCAUCUAAAAGUGCCAAAAGAAGCACCUAGUGUCAGCAAUAGCAGCUUUCAUUACAGUACUUUCUGACAUUUGUAGCCAUUUAAGUGCUUCCUUCCUCCUCUUUUGAUACAACUUGAUUUGACAUGAACAAUGUCCUACAGUAUGUAGACAACAUAAUAUACUAUGUCAUGCACUGCUUGUAUUCUAUCUGUGCCAAAGCCACAAAGAAACGGCUUUUCGCAGCGGGUUGCAUGACGACAACAAAGAAGACUCGAGUCAUUAAACACUGUGAACUUUCAUGACAAGAAGAAAUUGAUGUGUUCUCAUGAGAAUUGAACUGAACUUCCAAAAUCAUCCUGGAACCGGCUCCAGCUGUCACCCAAAUGAGGAAAAGCGGUAUUGAACAUGAAUGGAUGAAUAUUUAUUGUUUUUAAUGAUUUAAUUAAUUCAGUUGUCUAUUUGGAAAAAAUAACCCCCCCUAAAUCUAUCUUAUUUUCCAGCUAUAACAUUGUAGUUUACUUUUGGAAAAAAAAUUCUCAUGGGAACAUGCCUAAUUUUUUCUAAACUAAGCGAUAACUGAACCUCUUUUUUUUAAUUAUUAUUAUUAAACAGCACAACUUGCACAUUUACGGAGAACCAUUUUUGGUUCUGGUUGAAAAGAAAUCAUCUCUACACAGACAACUGAAUGCUCAUGAAUGCUAUCUUGUACAACAAAUACUACAGUAGUGACUUGUUCUAGGCCCACACUGUUACUCCAACUACACAUGUGAAGAGCAUCAAGUCAAAACAAUUCAUGUAUUCACCCACAAAUAUAUGAAGAAUAAAAAAGUCACUUCUGAAGCAAAAAAAGUGCAAUACUUGGUAGCUAUGGGAAGAUGGGCUACAAUCAUGAUGGUGUUGAUAAACACUGGAUACUGGUCAACAGUGUUGGGACUAACGCGUUACUGUAACGCGCUACUGUAACGCCGUUAGUUUUGGCAGUAACUAGUAAUCUAACGCAUUAUUUUUUAUAUUCAGUAACUCAGUUACCGUUACUACAUGAUGCGUUACUGCGUUAUUUUACGUUAUUUUUCAUGUAGUAUCGGCUAGAAACACAAGAUCUGAGUGUGUUUUAUUGGAGCGCUGCGGUGGAAAAGAAAAGGCGUGCUUUCUGUGGGUGGGGGCGGGGGGCUCCCAGACCGUAGUUGAGGGGUGCAGGGGAGACGUUCCUCCAGGGCCUAUGUACUUCGGGGCUAACAACCUUCACUUUACCCGGAAGAGGGUCUUACAGCUGAGGGUGAAUGACAAGGCCGGCGGUUUGUGACUUUAUUGGACACAGCCAUCCACCAAGCUAGAGAACCUGCACACACUCACUGUCGCCGUUCCCUUACCUCUCUCGCUCACUCACUCACUGACGUCACUCACCUCACAUGCUGUCAUAUCUUAAAGGGCCACACACACACACACAUACGCUACUCUCAUAACAACUAACAAGACAUCAUGGUGAAGCCAGAAGUUGAGUUUCUUAACAUUCUCACUACUUUUCUUUUGUCGAGCACAAAGAAAAUAACAUUUUAGUUAAAUGUAAGUUGUGUCUUGGAUCAAAGAUCCUAUCUACUUAAAGUUAAAGUUAAAGUGCCAUUAUGUUGCAGCUAUUUAAAAUAGUUUUGUCAAUUUGUUCUGGCCUGAAAUAAAUUGGCCCUUUGAAAUAUAUCUUUGUCUUUGUGUGUUGUAUGUAGACCACAUUGCUUUCUGAGUUCAGUGAUGCAAAUGCAUGUCAAGUUGAUCAACAGA